AUGCCAAAAAAUACAUAUUUUAUAAAAGAAAAUUACAAAAAAGUAGAGGAAGUUAGGGAAAUAGAAAAUGAAGUUCCGAAUUAUGAAGAGUUUUUAAAGAAUUAUAAUUCUGAUGAGAAAGUAAGCGAUAGUUAUGAGAAUGAGCUAAAUUCUUAUAGUGAUAUUGGAGUUAAUUUUCAUUCAAGUUAUUGGCAUCAUACGCCUGGGUGCGGAAGUAGAUUACAAGUAUCUAACAAGGCUCGAAUUAGGUGUAGUGGUUGCUCAUUUAAUUGUGAUUUAAAAGAUUAUUAUUUUGCUUGUUCCAGUCAUCGUGGAGAUUACAGAACAAUGGAUCGUAAUUCCUUUAAUAAAGCCUUGGGUAUUGCUCUUCAAAAUGAAGAUUGUAGUCAAGUAAUGGUCGACUUGUCAAUGUUUUUAGUUAACCAUCGGUAA